AUGCCUCUCUCCCAGGAAUUACCCCUAUCAGUAACUACAACUGGUGGACUAGUGGGUAAUCCUACUGAUUAUAAAACUCUCUCUCCCCAGGAAUUACCACUAUCAGUAACUACAACUGGUGGACUAGAAUUACCCCUAUCAGUAACUACAACUGGUGGACUAGUAGGUAAUCCUACUGAUUAUAAAACCCUUUCUCCCCAGGAAUUACCCCUAUCAGUAACUACAACAGGUGGACUAGAAUUACCCCUAUCAGUAACUACAACAGGUGGACUAGUAGGUAAUCCUACUGAUUACAAAACCCUCUCUCCCCAGGAAUUACCCCUAUCAGUAACUACAACAGGUGGACUAGUAGGUAAUCCUACUGAUUAUAAAACCCUUUCUCCCCAGGAAUUACCCCUAUCAGUAACUACAACUGGUGGACUAGAAUUACCCCUAUCAGUAACUACAACUGGUGGACUAGUGGGUAAUCCUACUGAUUAUAAAACCCUUUCUCCCCAGGAAUUACCCCUAUCAGUAACUACAACUGGUGGACUAGAAUUACCCCUAUCAGUAACUACAACAGGUGGACUAGUAGGUAAUCCUACUGAUUACAAAACCCUCUCUCCCCAGGAAUUACCCCUAUCAGUAACUACAACAGGUGGACUAGAAUUACCCCUAUCAGUAACUACAACUGGUGGACUAGUAGGUAAUCCUACUGAUUAUAAAACUCUCUCUCCCCAGGAAUUACCCCUAUCAGUAACUACAACUGGUGGACUAGAAUUACCCCUAUCAGUAACUACAACUGGUGGACUAGUAGGUAAUCCUACUGAUUAUAAAACUCUACCCUGGAAGAUAUCCCUCAGCAACUUGGCUGUUACCACCGUCUCCCACACUGUUCAACCGCUCCUUGCUCCUCUGUCUCUUGAUGUGGUACUAGCUCUGGGCAGCAGAGGAAGUAAUGACAUUUGUUUACACGCUGACACCCAUCCCAUAUCAGUAGCUAUACAUCUGGAUCAGAUAAGACUAGUACUACGUGUAGUGGCCUCCCUGACACGCUCGUUUAGUGUGGCUAGUACUCUGGACACUCCUCUCACUCAAGUAUCUACCACAGGCUCUGAGAUCUCCUCAAUACACACCUACCUACCUGAUCUAGUGUACUAUACUGAUAGUGGUAGUGUUAUACCAGACAAUGAGGGGGACUCUAAACCUUUCCUUUACGUGUGGUUACAGUACGCUAUACCAAAGAUCUCUGUAACAUUGGACGACACACUGAAAAUAGAAGCAGAAGAUAUAACAGCUAGUACAGAUCUAGAGGGAUUGCUACUGACUAAGAAACUAAAGAUAGGGUCUCUAACCCUCUCUAUUAUCAAUGAGGAGGGUGAAGUAGCGUUGUUACAAAGUACAAGUAGCGACCCUGUACUGAGUGUAGUACACUGUAACAACUACAUGAGGAACACUAGCCCGUCCUUCUUCAUCAAGAUCAAGCCGCUUCAGGCAGUGCUAGAUGCCCCCGCAGUGCUCAAACUAUUGGAGUUACUAGAACAGUCAACAAACUUUCAGUGCAAUGUAUACGAGGAAGAAGAGACCCCGACAAUCACCCCCACUACACUAAACACAGCCUACUAUCCUGACAUCAGACUGGAGUUACAGGACCUGGAGAUUAUAUGCCCACUUAGCAAGUCUACCAAGAAGCCACUAGAUAACGAGCUAGUGUGUCACGUGUCACUGGUUACAAUGAGCUCCAACCCUGACAACCUGUUAUCUCGUGUUAUUAUAGAUAAGGGUUACCACAAACACAUCAAAUCUACUGACACUCACGCCAGGUGCAACUACCAGCUCCAGAUAGAACUAACAGGGUUAGAAGUUUACUCAGACAGGAUAUCCAGCCCUGAAAUACCACAAAACAUUACCAAUGCUGCUGAAGCCUGGGGACAGAGGAAGCUGUCGUCAUGUGACGAAAUAUCAGCUACAAUAAUACAAGGACUUGAUAUGAGGGUAACGUACGCCCCCAGUGUCAUAGCAACGAGGUCUGGUAGUAAGUUUGGUAUUUACGGUUCCUCAAUGGAGGUGCAUGUGGACCCGCUCAAAGUACAGCUGGCAGUGGACCAAAUAGAACUGCUUCUCCUACUAGCUAACCAACUCCCAUCUUCCGGGGCUACUGUAACUGUAGACAGGAAGAGCAAGUCAGUAAACAAAGUGGAUUGUUACGAGACUAUGUUUGCAGUUAAUCAUCUUACUCUCCUACUCUACGAGAGAGUUCCUGUUCCUCGAGCAGGGGACCAGAUAUCCGGGGCAGGACACUACACUAUCCCGGUAUCAGAAGAGCUAGAGCUACUAAGUCUGCUAGAAUGUACGGUAGAACAGGGUGUUUUGUCCGCGUGCUCCCUUCCCGCUGGAGAUGUCAUCAGAGCCUCUCUCUUCACCGCCACACUAAAUAUAUCUACUGACUCUAAUGGAGUGCGCUAUGACGGUGAUCUGAAGUGUCCGGUGAAAGUGUUCAGCACAAUUCCUCCAAACCGCCACACCCCCUUUAUAACCUUGUGUAGAGAGAACAACUACAAAACAGAUAAACUGAAGAUGGAAGUUAGGCAUGAUGUAGAGGUUGAAGCGGAGAUAAGUUAUCUGGAUCCCUUACUAUCCGCCGCUAGGAAACUUGGGGGUCUUCAGUUUGCAGGAGAAGACGCUACAGAUCCCCCAGUCUCCUCCUCCUCCUCCUCCUCCUCCUCCUCCUCCUCCUCCUCGGUCUCCCUACCCCUGGAUCACAUCACUAUACACGUUCAGCGGACCAAGGUGCGAGUGUGUGAGUUGGAGAUCGGGUUUAAAAGUCUAGACUUGUCCCUGGGACGAGAACUCAACAAGUCCAUCAGGUCGGAUCUUGAACUGAGUGGGGUACACGCCAGCACAACAUCUCAUACCUUAUCUAACCUGGAUAUGGUGCUUCCUUGUGAUGUGAAGAUAACAAGCACCAUAGAUACUAAAGGUGUAGUUAACAGUGUGUACUUACCGUGUUUGUUCUGUAAACUAGGUCAGGAGCACGUGACAGUCCUCCAGAAACUCACAGAACAAAUCUCCAAAUACCUGCCUGAGUCAGUAGAAGAAACGACCCCAGCUCCGUUCACCACCUACCACCACGAUGAUAUAAGAAGUGCAGGCUACAAGUUCGUUAUUCUGGAGUCAGAUAAACAACACACUGUGGCCCCAGGCACUGUCGUCUUCAGUGCUAACGAGGCCGCCAUCACUUGGAGGUAUCCAGAGAAACGCAGUAUAGUAACCAUGGUGACACUACCCGUAUUACUAGCGUGUGAACAAAAUGAAGGAAUUCAGUGUACUUUACUGUACUACGAUCAGUUUACUAAAACUUACAUUCCCUACAUCGACUUUAUAGUGUCACAAGUUGAUGUGGCUAGGUUUGAGUUGCCGGGUGGUGGUGUAGAAGCUAGCCAGUGGAGAGUACACAUGGAACUAGAUGUGGAGAUCUGGGAGGAGAAGAGUUCCGGCAGUGAACACACUGGAGAUGAUGUAGUGCUUGACUGGAAGGAUGUGGAGCUGUCCUCUUACCCAGCUCUGUCUCUAGCUGGGUGUCUCUGUGUGGACAGUAUGAGUACCCGAGUCCCCUCUAUCUCUACCUCUCUCUACAUAGCAGAGCUGGAGUUUGUGCUCCUUCAUCACAACUUAAAACAUACUGAGCUGUGGGUGUACGAUUUACCGCUGGUGCUUCCUGAUCGUGAACUAGAACUGCUAAAAGUAACUGCAAGAAACCUCUCCGCUAAAACUGACAUCGACACAGCCCUCUCAGUGCAGGUGAGGUGUAGCAGUGACGUGCACUACCUGGACUACUCCACCCUACUCUAUACUCUGGUAGCUAGAUCUCAACUACAAGCUUCAUUCCUGUCACGUGACAGGAGUCAGGGUUAUGACGUCACGUCCAACGUUACCGUGGUUACUUCGCGCCCCACUAAAACCACCGUCUCGCUAUGUUUGGACUCAACCAGCCUGGCCAUGUCCCCCUCUCUCCUCCCUUGUCUGAACUCUGUGAAGAGGAGCUGGGGGGACCAUCUCAGUGUGUCCCUCUUUGAGACGUUUGUAGUUAACGAGACAUCCUACUCCGCUCAACUAAUGCUGAAUGGUAGCAGAUAUGUGAGUUGUGAAGGUAAGAGCACUGUUGCUUGCUACUGGGACCUGACUAAACCCGUCUAUGUGGCUUUGGAGAACAUACACCCUUCCUGGUCUCGCUCUAUUGAUCUAGCGGCAGGCUCAGUGGUGGAGGAUAACGGUAUGUUUAUUAUAGUCGAGAGGAAGGGAGGUUGCAACUACAUCCGUAUCACAGGUGGCCUGUGUGUUAACAACAGGACAGUGUUAAAUGUUCAGUGCAGUUUCCUACCUCUGGACCCGUCGCGGGGAGAGACUACAUACUCAACUUUACAGGUUCAGUCUAUAGGAGCUGGAGAGGUGAAUAAGAGCUACGUGUUAGGACCAGGAGAACACGCUAUGAGCUUCUCUCUUAAUUCAGACACUGUUCAGUGGUCCCAACCUGUCAGAUUACACAAAGAUCUAUCAGAGUCGUUUGUAGUAAGUCUAUCUGCUGAGUGCUACAUUGUAGCGUCUAUACUACACAACACUGGUCAUUUCACAGUAACCCUCAAUCCUCUUUUUAUUGUGAGGAAUAACUUUGCGGAGGAUUUACUGAUUAGCCUCAGCUCUCCUGAACAAGGAUUGAGUAAGACGGUCAAGUUGGCAGGAUUUGGUGAACAUGAUCAAAUAUUCUCCAUCAAUCAGACAUCUUAUCAUAACAUCGGCUGUAAACUAGAUGCAUCCCUCCCCCUCUCCAUGCCUGUCUCCUCACUGAGCUACAGACUACUGGACAAACUACCAGUUCGCUUCAGUGACAAACCCUGGCCCUCUUCUAUACACUCCGAGCCGCCAGACUGUGAGAUAAGGAGUAUACUGGUACCCCACAGUGAGAUAGAAGAUUGGAGUAUGGAGGCAGAGAUACACUUAUCCAGGGACCCUCUUUCUAAACACACGAUGUGUGUUGACUGGUGGCCUGGCUGUGUGGUUCACAACAACACUAAUCUAACUGUAUCAGUUAGAGGCUCGUUAUCUUCUCCGCCUGUCGUUGUUAAACCUGUCUCUCACAAAUCUACAUUCUCUCUCAAAGGACAGCUGUAUAUUGGUAUAGAGGAGGAGAUUACAGGAGAGACUGUGUGGACUACUAUGAUAAAUAUAACAGCGAAAAGGGGGGAGACGCAGAUCUUUAGAGAGGUCCACAUAGCUGGCCAGGAUCAGAGUUGCCACGUGAUUGUACACUGUGAGUAUAAGGGUAACGUUACCAUGGUAACAAUAAAGCCCUCUCUCGUCCUCUCUGUCAAAUUACCUCAACUUUAUAUCAAGCUUGGAGAGAAAGUGGUUUUAGUUGAAGAGGAGUACAGUACAGACCUAUACUGGUGGGGUAGUGAAAUGGAGCUGGAAAUGGCUUACAAGCAAUCUACUAACUGGUCUUCUCCCUUAAACCUUACGAGUUUAGCCCCUAGGAAAGGGGUGAACGUGAUGUCAGAUAAACCUUGCAAUCCAGUACCUGUAGUUGUGUGUAGUGUGGACCACACUGCUACUACCUACGUUACAGUCACUUAUAAUACCAGUCCACAGAUCUACUUGACGAAUAACAGUGAGUUUGAGUUUCUAGUGAGUGAGAGACUGCCCCCCACCCUAACUCCCACCAGUGUCGUAGUGGACGGUCAUAAGACUCUUCUCCUCAAACCUUUCAGAUCCUGCUACUUCGACCCUUACUCUACAACUGAUAAACUAUUUAUCCAGGACAUCAACGAAAACGACUUCAUCCCUCAACUCUCAUUCGCGUUCUACAGGCGUUCCCAGGAGGCCCUGAUAAACUCACAUAAAAUAGAGCUGGACCCUCGGUCACGUGACACUUCACACACUACACACUCUACACGUGACACUACACACACUACACGUGACCAAUCAGAUGAUUUAGAAGAGUCACACGACUUGUCAUCUUGUGGUUCAGAUAGGCUGGAAAUAAUAAAGAUAGACGAGGACAAUAACGUGGGUAUCUGCGUGAGAAACGAAGAUAACCUAGUAACAGUGAGUAUCAUGUCAGAGUUCAUGGUGGAGAGUAGACGGACUACCAAGAGGUCACGUGACGGAGCGGGCUCCCCACGUGACGUGACGUCAUCAAACGUGACGUCAUCAGACUGGUCGUAUUCCCUCAAUGUCAGUCAGAUGGAUAUGUUCCUCUUCACAGAGCACAGCAUUCUCGCUUCUCAGAUCAGGCUCAGCAACGUGGCGUGCAGUCUCGCUCCUGACUGCGUGCAUGCACGUGCAGCAGACAAAUCACGUGAUAGCGCGCAUGCACGUGCAGUAGACAAAUCAAGUGAUAGCGCGACAGUUCCCACAACUGAUAGUGAGGAUACAGCCCACCAAUCACUUACAUUCCUCAUAGAUGAUAUCCAGAUAGAUAACUCCCUGCGUGAUCAGACUUACGAUUACUUAGUUGUGUUAUUUACUGAUAAAGCAGUACGUGUAGGCCCCAUUGCCAGUCCUGAACCCUUCCUUAAAACUACUGUCACCUUCAAUAACACCCACGCUAAAAACUCAGUCCACCAGUUCCUCUUCCACAUGGGUAAAAUACACGUGCACUUAGAGGACCUGUUCCUCUAUCAGCUGGUAGAUGUUUUCUCACAAUACACUGCACGUGUAGCAUCACGUGACCUGAACACAAGUCACGUGACCACCCCUGAACUGGAACAACACAGCAAUACAGAGAGAGGUACAGCUCCCUCUCCCUCGCUAAUGCCUGCCCUCGUGCUCUCCUUGAUGUCAGAACUUUACGAGCCGCUAGCAGUGAACCUGUUCUCUAUUUCAGACAUCGAUAUCGAACUAGGAGUACACGCUAGUGUGAAGCUGUUCCUGGCUGCGGAUCAGAUCCCUCUAAAGUUCAAACAGUUCCGCGUAAAGAAACUCUUCACUCUUACUGAGCACUUCUCUCAGGUUAUUCUAGCUAAGUACGCCAGUGAUACCAUCCUCCAGGUUAUUCUAGCUAAGUACGCCAGUGAUACCAUCCUCCAGGCAGGGUGGGCACUAGCCUCCCUGGACCUGCUCGUUAUUCUAGCUAAGUACGCCAGUGAUACCAUCCUCCAGGCAGGGUGGGCACUAGCCUCCCUGGACCUGCUCGUUAUUCUAGCUAAGUACGCCAGUGAUACCAUCCUCCAGGCAGGGUGGGCACUAGCCUCCCUGGACCUGCUCGUUAUUCUAGCUAAGUACGCCAGUGAUACCAUCCUCCAGGCAGGGUGGGCACUAGCCUCCCUGGACCUGCUCGUUAUUCUAGCUAAGUACGCCAGUGAUACCAUCCUCCAGGCAGGGUGGGCACUAGCCUCCCUGGACCUGCUCGUUAUUCUAGCUAAGUACGCCAGUGAUACCAUCCUCCAGGCAGGGUGGGCACUAGCCUCCCUGGACCUGCUCGUUAUUCUAGCUAAGUACGCCAGUGAUACCAUCCUCCAGGCAGGGUGGGCACUAGCCUCCCUGGACCUGCUCGUUAUUCUAGCUAAGUACGCCAGUGAUACCAUCCUCCAGGCAGGGUGGGCACUAGCCUCCCUGGACCUGCUCGUUAUUCUAGCUAAGUACGCCAGUGAUACCAUCCUCCAGGCAGGGUGGGCACUAGCCUCCCUGGACCUGCUCGUUAUUCUAGCUAAGUACGCCAGUGAUACCAUCCUCCAGGCAGGGUGGGCACUAGCCUCCCUGGACCUGCUCGUUAUUCUAGCUAAGUACGCCAGUGAUACCAUCCUCCAGGCAGGGUGGGCACUAGCCUCCCUGGACCUGCUCGUUAUUCUAGCUAAGUACGCCAGUGAUACCAUCCUCCAGGCAGGGUGGGCACUAGCCUCCCUGGACCUGCUCGUUAUUCUAGCUAAGUACGCCAGUGAUACCAUCCUCCAGGCAGGGUGGGCACUAGCCUCCCUGGACCUGCUCGUUAUUCUAGCUAAGUACGCCAGUGAUACCAUCCUCCAGGCAGGGUGGGCACUAGCCUCCCUGGACCUGCUCGUUAUUCUAGCUAAGUACGCCAGUGAUACCAUCCUCCAGGCAGGGUGGGCACUAGCCUCCCUGGACCUGCUCGGCUCGCCUGGUCUCAUGAUUAGGAGCACACUAACUGGAGUUAGAGAUCUGGUGUUCCUGCCUUACGAGGGUCUGACAAGAGGUCCCACUGCGUUUGUGAGUGGUAUUGCUGCCGGAUCCGCUUCUCUUGCCAGAAAUAUAGGAACAGGAGUAAUAACGAGUGUCACUAAUCUGGCGGUCAGUAUCAGUAGAAAUAUGGACAGAAUGUCUCUGGACGAGGGACACAGGUCCCUGUGUGCGAUACACAGGAGGAGUUACAAAGCCUCUCACUUUGGUUCGGGCCUGUCUAAAGGUCUCACAGGACUGGGGUUACACUUGUUAUCUGCUGUAGCCGGUCUAGUUCACCAACCUAUACAGGAUAUCGGAGCAUCAGAUGGGAUAGUGGGAGCUACCAGGGGAUUAGUAACGGGUGUAUCUAAGGGCCUGGUUGGCAUGGUAACCAAACCACUGGGAGGAGCAGCAGAGUUGGUAGCUAAUACAGGAGAGGGAUUGUUAACUGGAGCUGGCUGGACUUUAGCUCCCAGCCCUCUAGUACCAGACCUCAACCAGCUUCUCAAAUCAGAUACCAGACUCAGGGUGGCACUAGAGUUACUGCAGCUGAAGACAGGAGAUGAUAUUCACCUUGUACAGUGUACUGUCACCCCUAUUCUUAUAUACGUCGUUAUUAGCCCUGAUAAAAUAUUCCUGUUGCUAGAUUCUAUUAUUCAAUGUUUUAACCGGUCCUCUGUACGCUUCGUGUUCGGGCAGUCCAAUGUGGCAAUCUACUGUCCUGAAAACAAAGAGGAUGAGGCGAGUAAGCUGGACAAGUCACUGCUGGCUAAGAUAAACAAGAUGUACAACCUACCAAGUGAGGCGGCUCCCUCAGAUAGCAGCAGUGAUCUUAUAGCUACAUUACCUCUAGACUUUCCUAAGAGUGUGCUGCUCAACAACCUGCUCUCUACCAAGUGAGGCGGCUCCCUCAGAUAGCAGCAGUGAUCUUAUAGCUACCUUACCUCUAGACUUUCCUAAGAGUGUGCUGCUCAACAACCUGCUCUCUACCAAGUGAGGGGGCUCCCUCAGAUAGCAGCAGUGAUCUUAUAGCUACCUUACCUCUAGACUUUCCUAAGAGCGUGCUACUCAACAACCUGCUCUCUACCAAGUGAGGCGGCUCCCUCAGAUAGCAGCAGUGAUCUUAUAGCUACCUUACCUCUAGACUUUCCUAAGAGUGUGCUGCUCAACAACCUGCUCUCUACCAAGUGAGGCGGCUCCCUCAGAUAGCAGCAGUGAUCUUAUAGCUACC